GCCUUCCAUGACUGUGCCAUCAAGAAAGUAGCUUUGUUUUCCAUCCCAAACUGUCAAAGGUCUCUCUUCAUCUAUACAUUAAUCAAACACUUUCUCUCUCUCUCAUCAAUGUUCCUUUGAGACAAAUGCUCCUCCCUAUCUUCUUCUUCAUAUAAACCACAUAUCUUCUCCUCCAUAUCUUAACAAUUUCAUAGCAAACCCUAAAACUGAGAAGAGAGAGAAAAAAAAUGGGUAGAGGGAAGAUAGAGAUAAAGAGGAUAGAGAACGCAAACAACAGAGUGGUGACGUUCUCAAAGAGGAGGAAUGGGUUGGUGAAGAAGGCCAAAGAGAUCACGGUUCUUUGCGAUGCAAAAGUUGCUCUCAUAGUCUUUGCAAGUAAUGGUAAGAUGACUGAUUAUUGUUGUCCUUCCAUGGACCUUGGUGCUAUGUUAGACCAAUACCAGAAGUUAUCUGGCAAGAAACUAUGGGAUGCUAAGCAUGAGAACCUCAGCAAUGAGAUUGACAGGAUCAAGAAAGAGAAUGACAACUUGCAACUUGAGCUCAGGCACUUGAAGGGGGAAGAUAUACAGUCUCUCAACUUAAAAAACCUGAUGGCCGUAGAGCAUGCCAUUGAACAUGGCCUCGACAAAGUCCGAGACCACCAGAUGGAGUACCUCAUGACGAAAAGGAGAAAUGAAAAUGUUGGCGGAGGAGAAUCGGCAACUCAGUUUCCAGCUGCAACAACAGGAGAUGGCUAUAGCUAGCAAUGCAAGAGGUAUGAUGAUGAGGGAUCAUGAUGGACAAUUUGGAUACAGAGUCCAGCCGAUUCAGCCAAAUCUUCAGGAAAAGAUUAUGUCGUUGGUCAUCGAUUGAUCAUUAGAGAUUUGAUGCAAUCUCAUUACCAGUCUACUAUCUAAUUCGUGGCUCUUUGUCUUUAUGAAUGUGUGUGUCUCUAUCAGACUUUUAUUUAGCUUAUAUGUGUGUUGUUUGCUUAUGAAACCUCUAUGUAUUGGUUGUGUUGUAUGCCAAACUAAACGUUUGAAACUAUUUAAUUAUUGCAUGUGUGUGAAAACUAA